AAAUUGGAUAUUCUAAAAUUUAGAUUAUUAAAAAAAAAAAUACUCCUUGUAUUGCUAUAUAUAGAUCUCUUAUGUUAUUCUGCAGAACCCUCCACUGUACGGAAACUGCUCCACACAUCUGACAAAUAGAGGACUGUCACAUACAGCAUCCUACGUAUCAUUAAAGGUGUAUUCUGUGACUGAUUUUUCAUAAAAGCACAGUCUCUGAAUGCGGCAGCAUAAAGUACAAGGACAAAGAAAUUUACAUGCACAUUUAGAUACAUACAUAAUGUUGUAUGCUGGGAAAAAAACUUACUUUGCUGCUGCUGUGUGCAUUAUUACUUUAACUUCAAUGCUUGCAGUUUCUUAUCUGAGGUUACAGGGACUUUCCCAUCAGCCAAAAGUAAUUCAAGAAGGCAGAAGAUGUAGAGGGAAAAUUGCCAAUAGCACAAUAACAGCAUUAAAAGAUAACAAAACUUUUAUUAUAUCCCCAUACUUUGAUGACAGAGAAAGCAAAGUCACUCGUCUGAUUGGGAUUGUUCACCAUGAAGAUGUAAAAGAACUGUACUGCUGGUUCUGCUGUCAGCCCAAUGGAAAGAUAUAUGUAUCAAAAGCAAAAAUUGAUGUUCAUUCUGAUAGAUUUGGAUUCCCUUAUGGUGCAGCAGAUAUAAUUUGUUUGGAACCUGAAAACUGUGAUCCAACACAUGUAUCAAUUAAUCAGUCUCCACAUGGAAAUAUCAACCAGCUGCCAAGGUUUGAAAUUAAAAACCGCAAGGCUGAGACCUUUUCUGUUGACUUCACUGUGUGCAUUUCUGCCAUGUUUGGAAACUACAACAAUGUCUUGCAGUUUAUACAGAGUAUGGAAAUGUACAAGAUUCUUGGAGUACAGAAAGUGGUGAUCUAUAAGAACAACUGCAGCCAUCUGAUGGAGAAAGUCUUGAAGUUCUAUAUAGAAGAAGGAACUGUUGAGAUAAUUCCCUGGCCAAUAAACUCACACCUCAGGGUUUCUUCUGAAUGGCACUUCAUGGAAGAUGGAACACACAUCGGCUACUAUGGACAAAUUACAGCUCUGAAUGACUGUAUAUACCGUAACAUGGAAAGGAGCAAGUUUGUGGUCCUUAAUGAUGCUGAUGAAAUAAUUCUUCCCCUUAAACACCCAAACUGGAAAACAAUGAUGAACAGUCUUCAGGAACAAAACCCAGGGACUAGCGUUUUCCUCUUUGAGAACCAUAUCUUCCCAGAAACCAUAUCAUCUCGUAUGUUCAAUAUUUCAUCUUGGAAUACUGUGCCAGGUGUUAACAUACUACAGCAUGUAUACAGAGAGCCUGACAGGAAAGAUGUAAUCAAUCCCAGGAAAAUGAUAGUUGAUCCACGAAAGGUGAUUCAGACUUCAGUCCAUUCUGUCCUACGUUCUUAUGGGAACAGUGCGAAUGUUCCCAUGGAUGUUGCCCUCAUUUAUCACUGUCGGAAGGCCCUUCAAAGCGACCUUCCCAGAGAAUCUCUCAUCAGGGAUACAACACUGUGGAGAUAUAACUCAUCAUUAAUCAUGAAUGUUAACAAGGUGUUAUCUCAAACCAUGCUGCGAGCUCAAAAGUGAAACCUUGGUUAUAAGGAGUGAAAGUGGAGCGCUACCUGUAUUGUGGGAAGACAGAGGACAUCCUUUAAAGAUCAUAUUGAUUUCCCCACGGAGUUUACAUUUUGCUGCAAUUAUUUAGGGAAUCUAUAGCAAAGCCAUGAAUCAUUUAAUGAUAUCAUGGAUCAAUGCAGAUUGCAGUAUUUCUUCCGGAAAAUGUACAAUUUGUUUUCACUUAAAACAAUAAUAAAAAUCAGUAUCUGUCAACUGAUUCAAAUAAUGCAGGGCAGUUUUCAACCUAUAUACAAAAAGCACAAAUACAGUAAUUUGAUUAAAGGUAUUAAUUUGAUUAAUUAAGGUUUAAUUUGAUUAAAGGUAGCAUUGCUUAAUUCUUGCAGUUUGUAUGUCACUGGGUACCAAAUUUGUAUGCAUCAAUUUGAGUAAAAGGUAGACAAAUAAUUGAGCACAAUCUUCCUUUCAGUUGUAAAAAAAUUACCCCUUAUGUUCUUGGAAAUAGUGUAUGUUAAAGACGUGAUGGAUUGUAACACUAAACACAGCUGUUGAAGUUUUGCUGAUAAAUGUUUUGUUCAACUGGGCUUUGCAGACAUGUAACAUUGAGAAGAGUGAUUGCACCUGUUAUGAAUUACUAAAGUGUUAAGUGCUGAGUUGUGUUGGAAAGCUUUUAAUAGAGGCAAGGGAUACAGAUUGAUAUUAAAUAUGAUACUUUUGUGGACUUUAAAGAACCUAUUUCGAGGAGGGAAAAAUAGAUGGCCAAACAACUUUUAUGAAACUUAAUAGUUUGUUGGGUUUUUUCCUGGCACCGUGAAGCCUCAUAGGAAAAUGUUUCAUGAAAUUUAGACACAAGUUGGAUUUUAGUCCUUUAUGUGAUGGGUAAGUUAAAUUAUAUUGUUUCCUUGAUAGGCAUUAAGGGUACAGAAGCUGCAUUUUUUCCAACCUCUAUCUGGAAAUACUGCUAAGUAGUGACUUUUGCUGAAGGGUUGGAUGGAAAACAAAGCAAACCAUAAAAACCAUUUGCUCACUUCUGUUUUCACAGUUUCAGUUUCGUAAUUUCAGUUUCUGUUUGAUAAGCCCCCAGAACUACAUGCAUUGCAUAUGUUGUGGUGAUAUAAUUAGAACCUUCCUACUGAAGGCACAUCUGAAGGCAGCGAUAGCCUGACACUCUGACAAAGAGCAUGUCUGAGCAAGUAUGCUUUUCAAAAUUUCUACAUUAAUGUCAUGCUUUCGUUCCUUUAUCUACUUGGUAGUGGCACGUACCUGUGCUCUUAAGGAGCUCUGUCACUAGUGGAUUAGCAUCAUUAGUGGAUGUCCAAAAAGAACUUUUACUGUGCUUCACGGUGACUGCAGCAUCUCCCAGUCUAUAUCAACAAACUUGCAGCUAUAUUACUAUCUGAAAUGCCUGCUGCUGUCAGUCACACAAUCUUGUGUAGCAACAGGUCCAUUUAGAAUUUCAGACUUGUUGUUUAAAAGGGGAAUCUGAAAGUCCAUGUCCCUGUUUACAGCAUGGUGUGCUCAGGACUUUGGGAAGGCUGGGCAACGUGUUUCAGUCUUAAACUAACUUCACCGUGGAGAAUUUCUCUUGUUGUAAGAACACUGACCAUUGUCUUGCUGCAUGAUGCUGAAAUGAGUCUGACAUUGUUUUCUUCAUAGCUUACUAGCUGGAGACAGAAGCAGUGCCUCCCCAUCCCAUGCCCACCACCUUCCCUUUCCCCACUAUUCUUUCAGGAAGGCCCAGCUUGGGUCUCAGUUUCUCAGCCAUCUUGUGCUCCACCUCUCUGUGGACUCUGCAUGAUUAAGGUCACUAAUAAAAGUAGUUAAUCAAGUUUUCCUGUUUUGCUGAUUUGGAAACAAGGACAUUUCUGUCACACCUCUGUUUAAUCUUUCGAAGUUAAUGCAGUGCUGUAUAGGUGGCUCCUUCAGAAGAAGCUGAGUUACUGCACACAUAACAAUACUGUUACGUUACUCCAACAUUAAGAAAGAUGAGAACUGAACCCAGUUCAAGACAAGUUAUUGAAAACUUUCUUUUUCAUGGAAGCUUUUUUCACUUUGUAGUGAGACAACAAAAGCUCGCUUUUGCUAGCUCAUCAUUUAUACCCCACACAGUGCAGUUUGAAAUGAGAGUUGCGAAUUUGGCUUCUGGUUGAUAAAAUCCUUGAGUACAGACAAGAUUUUUUCAAAGUAAAUUGGUAUGCAUAAAUUGGUGCUUAAGAGUCUGGCCUUGUAUUUAAGAGACUGCUCCACUUGUGCCUUCAUGCAACUCCUACAGCAUCGCUCAAAUUACUGAUUCUUGCAUAUGAAAACUCCCCUUCAUUGGUAUAAUUGAUACUACAUACAUUUGGGAAUCUUGUCCUUGAUUCAGUAUUAAGAAUGAAAUCAGGUCUCCUUGAAUAGCGUGAAGAAAAAGUCACACUAGUAAUGCUACUAGAUAGUUUUGUCUUUUCAAGGGGAGCUAGUCUUCAUGAAAACUCAUGCUCUCAAGUUGUGUAAAAAAAAAUUAACAUUAGGGAGGGGAAGGGAAGGUGCGGGAAGGUGCGG